CUAUGAUUAAAGUUUUUUUUUUUUCUCCCUUUUCCCCUUUUCAUCUUUAUACUUCCUCUUUGCAUUUGUUAUUACUGUCAUUAUUAGGUACUCGGUCGCCUUUGACAUUAACGUUGUACAAUAACCAAUAUGCCCUACAAUCAAUUCCCCCCUCCUCUCGCUCUACCCAACCACACCCACCAGCUCCCCAUCACAACCUCAACUACUCGUCUCACUCACCCAGUGUCACCCCUCUCCACGAAACGCCCCAACCCGUCCGUCCUCAAAUCUCGCCCCGGCACUUGUUUCCACGACCCGGUGUUGGCGCGCACCAGGGCACCAGCAGGGGGGACGAGGGGGGGAACGGACGGGGGACCGCCACACGCGUGAGCAGGGGGGCAGCAUGGCAGCUUUGGCCUCUCCCCAACACCGUCCCGUCGUCGUGGAAAGCUGACGAUCGCUGUAUUUUAGAUUUUCGGAUUUUCGGGCCUGGAUUUUAGAUCAUCAUAUGGGGCUUGGAGAUUACCUACCUUAUGGGGGGGGCUCCACCUGUUUCGCACGUCAGUAUUUACUGCUGUACAGCGCUGUAGCUAAGGGAACUUGACCGCUGUACCUUGCGUAAGGUAAAAUGAUGGGUACAGCUGCUUUGGACGCCCUGGCCGAUGGGUAAGGUAACGUAACGAAGGGCAUCUCAUCCCAAAUUCCAAAUAUGGAGCACGCGCGCACACCCACACAGCGUCAGACCUCGCUGGCACUGCAGUCGGUGUGCAAAGGGGUGCGAUGCGGUCAUGCCCAGCUGUCCGCCGUCAUCGUCCCUGGCAUCGCGGUGGGGAGAGGCUCAAGGCUCAAGGCUCAAGGCUCAUAGGGGAGAGUGAGGCGACGGUGAGACGGA